UUAUCAAGUAUUGGCCGAUUCAAUCAAAUAUAUUGCAAACUGUGAAAUAUAAUUCAAAAAUAUUAUUAUUUAUCCAACCUAACGUUGAAUCAAGUACACUUGUUGCAGUGUAUUGGGUGUACUCCUCCGAAUGAAAGUUUUAAAAAUGGCAGAACUUCUUGAUAUUUGCUUUUGAAUGAGUAGCCAACUGUAUAACAUUUAACGUUAAAUACCUCCCCUUUUUUCAAAUAGAACUGACUUUAAAUGGUUAUUUGGUUACCAUAAAACCAUUCUUUUAGGAGGAGGUGGUCGUUUAUUAUUAUUUUAGAACAAAUAUGAGCAGGAAGAAAUGUUUGAUAUUUGACAUUGUUGAAUAUGGAUGACGAAGGAAUGACGUGUCGUAAACGUAAAGAGUAAUGAGGUUAUGUAUAAGCAUAAGCAAGGUUAGGUUGAAAAUGCGUAGGUUGGAAUUUGGCUUUCAGAUAUCUACUUUUUGAAUUAAAAGAAUCUAAAACUCUUGAAAAUUUUAUUUCUCCUGGAUCCCGGAACUUGAUUAUCCCAGUGAAAUUAUUAGUAAUAUAAUGAGAAGUAUUUAUUUCAUUUUACUCCUUUUAUCAAUAAUCAAUGAGCUAUAUGCCGAAGAAAAUGAUUAUUACAAACUAUUAGGCGUUGACAGAGAUGCUACAGUGAAAGAAAUAAGGAAAGCUUUCAAAACUUUGGCUGUAAAACUUCAUCCAGAUAAAAAUAAGGAUGAUGCGAAUGCGGACAAGACUUUCAUCAAAUUGGUUAGAGCUUAUGAAGUACUGAAAGAUCCUGAUAUGAGAAAACAGUAUGAUUUACAUGGAGACGAAACAGAUACUAAUAAAUUUAGAAAACAGUAUCACAGCUACACCUAUUACAGAGAUCAGUUUGGUAUUUAUGAUGAUGAUCCAAUCAUCGUAACUUUGAGCAAACACGAUUAUGAACUGAACAUUUUGGAUACAGACCAAGCAUGGUUUGUGAACUUCUAUUCUCCCAAUUGUCACCAUUGUCAUGAAUUGGCACCUACAUGGAGAAAACUAGCGAGAGAACUUGAAGGAGUCAUUCGAAUUGGUGCAGUAAAUUGCGAAGAUGAUUUCUUUUUGUGCCACCAGCUAAGAAUAGAAGCAUAUCCAACAUUGCUCUACUAUGAAAAAGAGUUUCAUCUUUAUGAAGGGUUGAAAUACACAGGGGAUAGAAGUGUGGAAGCCCUCCAGGACUUUGUUCUCUCCAAAUUGUCUGUGAAGAUAGAAGAAAUUACGAUUGACCAAUGGGAGAAUAUUGAAUUUAGGAAGCAACAGAGGUUACUGUUUUUAUGUCCCGAAGGAAACACAAACUGCCCUGAAACGAGGACAAUGUUGAAGUUAGCAGCAUCUUUGGAAGGGCUGCUGCCUGUAGGAAAAGUAAAAGAUGAGGAUUUGUGUGAAAAAUUGUCAGAGAAUUACAAAAGCAAGCCAAUUAUUUUGAGCCAAGCUAAUGAAAACACCUCACCAGAUUCUACCGGAUCUGUUGUGGUCCAAGAUAUAGAAGGAUCUGAUACAAAAGAAAUUCUGGAAAACACUUUGGGCAAGUUACCAAAUCCUAUCACUCUGGAUGAACAUAAAUUUAGGGAAAUUCGUUCCAACUUGAGAAGCGAAUCUGUGAAACCAUGGCUCCUCUGUUUUUACUUGGGAGCAGCUACAGAUCUGAAUUUACAGUUGAAACGUCUUCCUCCGUUGAUACCCAAUAUUAAUCUAGGAUUAAUUCACUGUGGAAAAAGUUCCUCAUUAUGCUCUAGUUUGCAUGUUGCUCGUUAUCCCACAUGGGGAGUUUUGAAAGUAGGAGGGGCAUUUGAAUUGCAUCACGGCCGUGACAUUCUUUAUGAAGUAGCAAACUUUGCCAAGGACAGUGUGAAAUCGACUAAUUUACAUGCUCUUUCGCCUGCAGAUUUCAUCAACAUCAAGAACGAAGGUUCACCUUGGUUCAUAGAUUGGUAUGCGCCGUGGUGCCCUCCAUGUAGAAACCUGUUGCCUGAACUGAGGAAAGCUAGUCAAAAUUUUGAUUCGGAGAAAGUGCAGUUCGGAACUGUCGACUGUACUUUGCACAGGAAUCUUUGCGUUGAACAAAGUAUCACUUCAUAUCCAACAACUGUUCUGUACAACAAUUCUCAAACACAUCGUUUUCAUGGACUCCUAGAUGCAAACACUAUUACUGAAUUUGUGGAGGAUAUGAUCAACCCCUCAGUCAUAUCAUUGGACGAAGGGUCUUUCAUACGGUUGAUGAGGAAACCCAAAAAUGAACUGUGGAUUGUUGAUUUUUUCGCUCCUUGGUGUGGUCCUUGUCAGAAACUUGCUGAACAAUGGAGGACACUUGCGAAACAAGUUUCUCAGUUAUCUGAAGUAAAAGUAGCUCAGGUGGAUUGUGUGGCAAGUAUGGAAUUGUGUGAUUCCCAGAAUAUCAGAAGUUACCCUACGAUUAGGUUGUAUCCAUUGGGCAGCAAAGGAAUGAAUAGUGUUGCAAUAUACAAUGGGAACCGUGAUGCCGUUUCUCUCAAGAGGUGGGUAUUGAGUUUCAUACCCUCACCGGUAGAAGAGUUCACUGCCAAGGAUUUCAAGGCAAAUAUUCUUACUAAAAAAUUCAUCAUACCUUGGAUCGUAGAUUUUUAUGCUCCCUGGUGUGGUCCCUGCACACACUUUGAACCUGAAUAUCGAAUUGUGGCUCAGAGAUUGCAAGGACAGGUUAGAAGUGCCAAGAUCGACUGCGAAGCUGAACGUGUCUUCUGCGGUCAUCUAGGAAUAACAGGUUAUCCAGCAGUUCGUUUAUAUUUUUCUCCUACAGAUUUUUAUAAAAUAGAUAGUCGUGAGUCCGCUCAGAUUAUAAAAAGGGUCAAGACCCUCGUUCACGAAAAUGACCAGAAAUAUAAGCACGAUGAAUCAUAUGUUUAA